AUGGUCCAUCAGAUUGCGUCGGCGGUUCUGGGUCUGCACGAGCUGGACAUUGUGCCUUGUGACCUCAAACCCAGGAACAUUUUCAUAACGUUUACGUAUGAGGCGUUGCUGGGUGACUUUGACGACGUGCGCGACGCCAGGAGCACUCUGACAUCGGCCGCGGGCACCACGCGGGAAUACGCGGCCCCCGAGAUCCGUUCUGAGAGUGUGAGCAAGUUCGAGAAGAUUGCGGACGUGUACUCGCUGGAGCUUGUUCUGCGCGAGCUGCUCCAUGGGCUGCGCGUCAUGGGCAUUUUUAACACCGUGACCGACGCCGGCUUUGCCAGUCUAAUCCAACAAAUGACAGCUGAUAAGGCAUCGGAGCGUCCUACACUGACGUAUGUGCUAGCGAUGCCCAUCUUCAGUGAGCUGCACAGUGCGCGCCUGUGUGGGGGCUGUCUGGACACCUAUGCGGCGGUGGACAGUCUCACGUGCAAGAACGGACACGUUGUGUGUAACGACUGUGUGGACAGGGCUUUGGCGAACGACAUGAACAACACCAACCAUGUCGCGCGCAACAAUGGACUGCUGCCUUGCAUCAUGCAGGCGAGCGGCUGUGACGGCCUAUGGGAUUCCAAAGUAUAUGCACCGCAUGUGACAAAGGCGACGUUCGACCAAGCAAUGUGUCUGGUGAACAAACCUGAAAUCCACGCGGAGGUGUUGGUAGAAUUGAGGCGGGAGGCUGCCGAGGAUCGCGAGUUCAAUCACAUCACUAACGAGAUCCUACCACUGCGAUGUCCGGCGAUGAGACAUGUGCUAGACGAGUCCUUUGACGCCUGCUUCGCCUUGACGUGCGACUCGUGUCCGCUAACCAACAACGAGUUCUGUGCGCUGUGUUAA